AUGAACCAUAUUUUGGGUACAUCAGUGUCGGAUUACCAUGGAUGUAAAAUCAGCGAUCCAUACUGCUGGCUUGAAGAUCCCGAUAGUGAGCAAACGAAGGCAUUUGUGGAGGCUCAGAACAAGCUGACAGUACCCUUUCUCGAGCAGUGUCCUGUCAGAGGACUGUUCAAGGAGCGAAUGACUGAACUCUAUGAUUAUCCUAAGUACAGCUGCCACUUCAAGAAAGGAAAAAGGUAUUUUCACUUCUACAAUACAGGGCUCCAGAAUCAGCGAGUUUUAUACGUACAAGACUCCUUGGAUGCCGAAGCCAAAGUUUUUCUUGAUCCAAAUAAGCUUUCUGAUGAUGGCACUGUGGCCUUACGAGGUUAUGCAUUCAGUGAAGAUGGUGAAUAUUUUGCAUAUGGCCUGAGUUCUAGUGGCUCUGAUUGGAUUACUAUAAAAUUUAUGAAAGUAGAAGGUCCUGAGGAUCUCCCAGAUACACUGGAGAGAGUUAAAUUCAGUUGCAUGGCAUGGACCCAUGAUGGAAAAGGCAUGUUCUAUAACUGCUACCCGGAACAAGAUGGGAAAAGUGAUGGCACUGAGACCUCCACUAAUCUGCAUCAAAAGCUGCAUUAUCAUGUAUUAGGAACUAACCAGUCAGAAGAUAUCCUAUGUGCUGAAUUUCCUGAUGAACCAAAAUGGAUGGGUGGAGCUGAGGUGUCGGAUGAUGGUCGAUAUGUCUUGCUGUCUGUCAGAGAAGGCUGUGAUCCAGUGAACAGACUGUGGUACUGUGAUCUACAGAAAGAGUCUCAGGGUAUAACAGGAAUUCUUCAAUGGGUGAAGCUGAUAGAUAACUUUGAGGCUGAGUACGAGUAUGUCACCAAUGAAGGAACAGUGUUCACUUUCAAGACAAACCGCCAUUCUCCAAAUUAUCGGUUAAUCAACAUUGACUUCAGUGAUCCAGAGGAAUCCAAAUGGAAAGUUCUCGUCCCUGAACAUGAAAAAGAUGUUCUAGAAUGGGUUGCUUGUGUGAGGUCCAAUUUCCUGGUUUUGUGCUACCUGCAUGAUGUGAAGAAUAUCCUGCAGCUUCAUGACCUAGCCACUGGUGCACAUCUCAAGACUUUUCCCCUAGAAGUUGGUAGUAUUGUGGGAUAUAGUGGCCAAAAGAAGGAUACUGAAAUAUUCUACCAGUUUACUUCCUUUUUAUCUCCAGGUAUUAUAUAUCACUGUGAUCUGACCAAAGAGGAACUGGAGCCAACGGUUUUCCGAGAAGUGACUGUUAAAGGAUUUGAUCCUUCGGUUUACCAGACAAUUCAGGUUUUCUAUCCUAGCAAAGAUGGCACUAAGAUCCCAAUGUUUAUUAUUCACAAGAAAGGAAUUAAAUUAGAUGGUUCUCAUCCCGCCUUCUUGUAUGGAUAUGGAGGCUUCAACAUAUCAAUUACACCAAGCUACAGUGUGUCAAGACUUAUCUUUGUGCGACACCUGGGAGGUGUUCUAGCAGUGGCAAACAUCAGGGGUGGGGGCGAAUAUGGAGAGACCUGGCAUAAAGGUGGUAUCUUGGCCAACAAACAAAAUUGCUUUGAUGACUUUCAGUGUGCUGCCAAAUACCUCAUCAAGGAAGGCUACACAUCCCCAAAGAAGCUGACUAUUAAUGGAGGAUCAAAUGGGGGCCUCUUAGUUGCUGCCUGUGCUAAUCAGCGCCCUGACCUGUUUGGCUGUGCUAUUGCCCAAGUGGGAGUGAUGGACAUGCUCAAAUUCCACAAGUACACCAUCGGCCAUGCUUGGACCACUGACUAUGGUUGCUCCGACUGUAAAGAGCAGUUUGAGUGGCUGCACAAGUACUCUCCACUUCACAAUGUCAAACUACCAGAAGAAGAUGGCAUCCAGUAUCCCUCCACACUGCUUCUCACAGCAGACCAUGAUGACCGUGUGGUCCCUCUGCAUUCGCUGAAGUUCAUCGCUACCCUGCAGUACAUUGUGGGCCGAAGCAGUAAACAAACCAAUCCACUUCUCAUCCAUGUUGACACCAAGGCUGGGCAUGGAGCAGGAAAGCCAACUGCUAAAGUUAUAGAAGAAGUGUCAGAUAUGUUUGCUUUUAUAGCACGGUGUCUAAAUCUUGAGUGGAUUGAAUAGGCAAAUUGCUUAUUACUGUCUCCUUUAGAAAACAAGGGCUUUAACAUUUAAGAACAGCCACGUUACUACUUGGUGUAGUACUUACAUUUAAGAACUACAGUUUAAUAUUUUAUUGAUCCAACCUGCUAUGGAAUUUUGAUCUUCUGUGCUUCCCUCUUUUUGGCAUUUCUUUGAUUUUUUUUUUUUCUACUGCAUUCCAAAUUCCAUUUUGAAAAGCAUGUUCAAAAAAAUAGCUGAGCUACUCUCAGUACUGUUGUGAAAAUUUAGAUUUCAAAAUUAGUGCUAGUUGAGCUUAUUUCCUGUAAACAAUUUUAAUGUAUUUCACCUAUAAACAUAUCCAGAUCAUUUGUAAUUAAAUGUAAGUACUGUUCACAUACAAGAACUCUGAGUAUAUUUUAUUUACACAGUAGUUUAUUUAAGAAUAUAAAUUGAAGAUGUUCAGUGAAAAACUGAAGAGACAGUAAUCCAGUUACAUCAAAUAUUAUUAAAAAGCAUAUAUUACAUUCUGUUCAAAAACAUGUUACAGUCUAUAAUAAUGAUGUUGCUAAAUUGCUCUCUCCUUCCAAAGAGACUUCAAAAAUCUCUUCUACUAUUUAUUUCUGCACAGAAGAGAGAACUGGAGGCUCAAAAACUCGAAGAAAUCUUAGAUUCUCACUGUAAUCGCAGUCAAGCUAUACAGAUACUCUCCAAUAACCCAUGUGAAAUUAUUUCUUUAACUGUUUCUGAAGGGUAGACAAGGCACUGAUUUAAAUAAAUGAACAAAAUGUAAACUAACACGAAACAAAAAAGCCCAACCCCAACCCAAAGCCACACCUUUAUUCCAGAUUAUUCAGGUUCAGGUUUUUUCUGAUGCUUUUGAUAGGACAUUCUCUAACAAGGCAAAAUCUGAAUAUGCAUAUAUCUGUAACCUAGUUUUGUCUGCAAAACAGCAAGAGCUUGUACUCAGACUCCCAUAUGAUUUGACACAGGCACAUCAUUUGAACUACCAUUUUUCCCAUCUAGGCUGUAGAGCUAUAAGGUAGAUGUGAGUAUUUGCCUACUGCUUAAUCUCUGAUGCCUGAAGCAAUUGGAGUUUGGUUUUAUUAAAAAAAAGUAUUCUAUCAACUAUUAUUAGUCCUAUUGCCCCUCCAGAAAACAUCACUGUUUCUCAUUUUUGGAUGAACUGAUAUAAUCUUCCAGAAUCAUGCUUGCCAUUACAUGCAUACUUAGACCCUAAGGACUGUAUUUUAAAUCUGGGUUCAGGAGUUUUAUCUCUAAGCAAACAAUGUCUUGGUGCAGGAAGAGGAAGGAGUGGUAUUUAAAAGAAAGAGGAAUGCUCUAAAAAGCAGGAAAAAUAAAAAUAAAUCUGUACCACAAUCACUCUGUAAGUUCCCUCAUGAUCUGGACUUGUUUUGAUUUUCUCUGGAGUCCAGGAAAGAAGAUCUUCUCCAGGCCCUUAUUAUGUAUGGCUAAUUUGAUUUUUGGAGAAAAUAAAGUAUUAUUUCUGCUUUCAUAUGAAAUACCACAUCUAAAAAACUGUAUGUGAUCUGGGGUUUAUUUGGGAUUCACGGGCAUUGCAGUUUACAAGAUACUCUGUAGACUUUCGCGCUCUGAUCACAGCAUUGAAUUAAACAAUCAGAAUAGGGA